AUGGAGCGCGAGCUGGGCGACAUUGACUACUCGGAUAUCGAGGCGAAGUAUGAGGUGCCGUUCGAUGAUAGUCUCGAUAAUGUCAUUAUCAUCAACGGUAUCCCCGUGAUCACUUCAGCGAAGCAGCAGAAGCUGUUUGAGGCCAUCCAGAAGCGUUUCCGCACCCAGGCCGAGAUCGAGGUCCCGCUGGAGUGCAUGCACAUCCAGUACGGUGACAGCGGCGACUCGAAGGGCUAUAUUCUGAUGGAGCUUGCGAGUGGCGAUGAGGCGUCGCACGCCAUCCGCACGAUGGACGGCUACGCAUUCGACAAGAAGCACCACUUUGUCGUCACACGUUUCUCUGACAUUGAGCGCCUCGUGAAUAUGGACGAGACGUACGUCGACCCCGAGGAGGAGCCAUACAAGCAGCGCGGCCACCUGCGUUCGUGGCUCGCCGACCCCGCGGGCCGCGAUCAGCUCGCCAUCUGCGUCGGCGACGAUGUCCAGAUCGCCUGGCACAACCGCUCUUCUAACCCCCAGGUGGCCCACAGCCGGACGCGCUGGACCGAGUCUUAUGUGCAGUGGUCGCCGCUCGGAACCUAUCUUGCUACGUUCCACCUGCAGGGUAUUGCGCUCUGGGGUGGCGCCGCCUGGGAGCGGAUCAUGCGAUACCCCCACCCCGGUGUGCGCCUGGUGGACUUUAGCCCCGACGAGAAAUACAUGGUGACCUGGUCGCCCGAGCCGAUUCAAGUGCCGGAGAAUGCGCCGCAGGGUCCCCAGUUCUUUGCGCCGGAGGACGAGGGGAACCGCGUGGCUGUGUGGGAAGUGCGUACGGGCCACCUGCUCCGUACCUUCCCCAUCCAGCAGGAGGAGCAGCUCGCUGAUGGGCCGCCGGUCAAGGGCUUCUCGUGGCCGUUUUUGAAGUGGAGCGGUGACAGCAAGUACUGCGCCAAGGUGACGCCCGGCAAGUUUAUCAGUGUGUACCAGGUGCCGAGCAUGGGCCUGCUGGACCAAAAGAGCAUCAAGGUCGAGGGUGUGGUCGACUUUGAGUGGUGCCCCCUGGGCGACAAGGACAAGGAGGCGCUAGAGAUCUGGAACGAUGGCAAGAACAAGGACCUGCCCAAGAGCUUCAAGAAGCCGCGUGACAAUAUGCUGUGCUUCUGGCAGCCUGAAGUCGCCAACCAGCCCGCACGCGUGACGGUGAUGAGCCUGCCAACCCGCGAGGUCCUCCGGUCGAAGAACCUGUUCAACGUCGCGGACUGCAAGCUGCACUGGCACCCCCAGGGCGACUACCUCUGUGUCAAGGUCGACCGCCAGACCAAGACCAAAAAGACCGUCUUUUGCAACUUUGAGCUCUUCCGCAUGCGCGAGAAGGACUUCCCGGUCGAGGUCGUGGAGCUCAAGGACCCGGUGAUUGCGUUUGCGUGGGAGCCGCAGGGCUCCCACUUUGCCGUGAUCUCGUCCAACGACCCCAACUUUGGCGUCGUGGCGCCGGGCAUCUCGCUCAAGACGCAGCUCAACUUUUACCACCUGCACCCGCGUGGCAACUUCCGCAUGCUCAAGUCGUUCGACAACAAGACUUGCAGCUCGCUCUUUUGGUCGCCUCGCGGCCGUCACCUGCUCACCGCCACGCUCGGCUCCACGCAAAAGUUCGAGCUGGAAUGGUACGACGUCGACUUCAACAACGAGGCGCGCCAGAACGCCAACAACCCCGAGGUCUUGGAGGAGGUGAAGCAGAUUGGCAAUGCCGAACACUACAGCAUGACCGACGUCGAGUGGGACCCGAGCGGUCGCUACGUCACGACGAGCGCCAGUCUCUGGCGCCGCUCGACCGAGCACGGCUACGCGAUCUGGGACUUCCGUGGCACCGAGCUGCAGAAGCAUAUCAUUGAGCAGUUCAAGCAGAUCCUCUGGCGCCCGCGGCCCAAGACGCUCCUCUCGAAGGAGGACCAGAAGCGCGUUCGCCGCAACCUCAAGGAGUUCUCCAAGGUCUUUGACCAAGAGGACGAGGCCGAGGAGAGCAGCCAGGCGCUUGCGCACCGCGAAGUCUACCAGCGCAUGGUCGAGGAGUGGAAGGCGUGGCGUGCGCGCAACCGCGAGGAGCUCGAGAACGCCAAGAAGGAGUUCAACACCGACACCGCUGGGCCCAGCGCCGAGCAGCUCCAAAAGGAGAGCACGGAAGAGGUGCAGGAAUGGGUCGAGGAAGUCCUCGAGGAGACCGAGGAGGCGGUCUAG